AUGGGUUCGAGUCAGUAUCUUGGCCUACUGCUCCUGUCUCUGAGUCUGGUAUCAGUCUCAGUGGUGAGGUCUCAGACAUGUCCUAAUUUGAGUGCAUGUGUGAGUGUGUUGAAUGUGGUGAAUGUUACAGUGGGUGUUUUACCAGACCCAUCCUGCUGCUCCGUCUUUCCGGGGCUCAGUUCUUCCCAAGCUGAAAUUUGCCUAAGAAAUGCCAUAACCACUGAAUCCGCCGUCGCCCCCCUCCUCGGGAUCGUAAAUCUUAACGCAACCAUAAGCACAAUGAUUAGGAGCUGUAACGUCACCGUCGGGGCUUGA